GAAAACCAGAAUUUCAAGUUCAUCCGAAAGUAAAUAGGAAAAAGUAAAGAAAUUACGAGAGGUUUUGUAUUAUAUUUAACUCCAAAUCAUUAUUUUAACCCUCGAAAAUCUUUUCAUCGAAAGCAAAAACGUAAACAGUUUAAAUUUACCUGUUUAAAUGCAAAUAACAUUGCAUAAAGUAACACAAAGACCUUAAAUCUGUGGACAUUGCAAUUUAAUCAAUAAUAUUAGCAAUUCUCGUAUAUUAUUGUGAUGCUUUCAUAAAUUUUACCAACUAAACAUUUCCAAAACUGUUUUUGCUUUGAAAAAUUAAAUUUAACAACGAAAUAAAAAUACAAGAAGAAGAAAUGAUGCAGUUAAUCAAAUGUCGGGGCUCCAUUCGGCUUGUCACAUCUUUACUACAAAAUGGCUCAGAAAAUUUUCAUCAGAAACAUCAAAAACUUCGGAAAUUCUCAAUUUUUAUUGAUAAAACUAAAUUAAUGAAUAGCGAUAAAGUUAGAAAUUGCAUUAUUCAAUCGUUUCAAAGAGUCUCAACAUCAAUAACAGAUUUAAAAGAUCCCCGCCUUUUACGUGAAAAGACAUUCGAAAUAAAGACAAAGAAUGGAAGUUUAAUUGUUCGUACCACCGUUUCUGAUUCCAAUAAAGUUGACAAUGUUGUGAUUGAAAAAAAUCCAGCAGAAAAAGCUGACACAUCAAAAGCAGAAGAGCCAAAGAAACAACUUACAGAGAAAGAGAUUUUGGCUGAGAAAAAUAAAGAACUAGCAAAGAAAAGAGUUCGCGUUAAUUUUACGCAAUCAUCACUGGAACGGAAUUUCAUCACACCAAAUCGUGCGAUGUCAGAUUUUCUUCUGAAACCAGCAGAUUUAGAAGGACUACCGAAGACAAAACGACGUUCUCCAUAUGAAGAAGAACCUCCGAUCACAGUUUUUUGGCGAAAAGAUGUCGAAGCAAAAGCCAUAACUGUUUGGGGAACGCGAGAAAAUCUUCUCAAAGAAUGUUUAAAACGAGAACUUGAAAAGAAGCAACUGCAACAAAAUGCUUUUACAAUGAAACGAAGACUACGCGAUUAUCGUCGAGAAAUGGGAUCACGUACAAAUGUGCCUGAACACGAAGCUGGUGGACUUAUGGGAAAUUCAGGACGAGUUGUCUUAACUGCCGUCGCUAUUAAUGCAACAAAUUUUUGCUUCAAAUGUUUCGCAUGGAUUUACACAGGAUCGCAUAGUAUGUUUGCUGAAUGUAUUCAUUCAUUAGCUGAUACAAUUAAUCAAUUGAUUCUCGCUUAUGGAAUCCACAAAUCAACUCAAAUUGCUGAUCCGAAUCAUCCUUACGGCUAUUCCAAUAUGCGUUAUGUUUCAUCACUAAUUUCUGGUGUUGGAAUCUUCUGCGUUGGAACGGGGUUGUCAUUUUAUCAUGGAAUUGUUGGAUUAAUGCAUCCACAACCAAUUGAAGAUUUUUAUUGGGCCUUCUUUAUUCUCGGUGGAUCAUUAGUGUCUGAAGGAGCGACUCUAGUUGUUGCUAUUAAUAGCGUUAAACAAGGAGCGAAAUCUAUGGGAAUGUCGUUCAAACAGUAUGUUGCUCGUGGACAAGAUCCUUGUGUAAAUGUUGUACUUACUGAAGAUGCUGCAGCUGUUUUAUCAGUCGGUCUUGCUGCAUCUUGUAUGGCUUUGUCAACAGUAACUGGAUCACCGAUUCCAGAUGCUGUUGGAUCGCUUCUAGUCGGAUGCAUGCUUGGCGCUGUUGCCUCAUUCAUCAUCUACACGAAUGUUGCUGCUUUAAUGGGACGAUCAAUUCAAGAAGAACAAUUAGAGAAGAUUAACGCUGAACUUGAAAGCGAUAUAAUGAUUAGAGCCAUUCAUGAUGUCAAAGGAAUUGACAUGGGAAACUCUUUGGUUCGUUAUAAAGCUGAAAUGGAUUUCGAUGGGAGGGAACUUUCAAGAGUUUAUCUUGACAAACAAGACUUGAACGCUUUACUUGAGGAAGUGAAAACUUUCCAAACUAUCGAUGAACUUGAAGCAUUUUUAUUGAAGCAUGGCGAGAAUAUUGUGGAUUUGAUGGGAGGAGAAAUUGACAGAAUCGAGAUGAAAUUGAGGAAAAAAUUCCCACAAAUUCGUCAUUGUGACUUGGAAAUCUUGUAAACAUUUUCUUAAAACAACUUCCUUUGAUUGACAAUGCUUCCGGAUUUUGACGCUUUUGAGUUUAAUUCACUAAAUAGAAUAAGCUAAAGAAUGUCUUUCAAAUACUCAAAUCAUUUUCUAAAAUAUUGAAAAAGUUUCCUUACUGAAUAUGUUCUUGUCUUUUUAAUAUUUACAAAUUUCAACUCGACCAUUUGUUUAUUUUAAACAAACUGUGAUUUAAUUCUUUUUUGUUGUCUGUUUUCGAAAGUUAAAUUAAUUAAAUGGCAACUAUUAAAAUGGAAAGUUUUCAGUACUCUCAGAACUUUCAAAGUUCUACUUCAAUAUUCAAUUAAUUUGUUUCAAAAUGUAAUGAAAGCUGCAGAAAAUAAAAAAAAUUUAAAACAACUUUGAUUGCAGAAUA